GAAACAGUCGACUGGCCCGCUCAAGUCGAUGUGGCUGCAAAUCGAGCAUAUCGGGAUGGUAGAACUUGCGGCUGUUUGUACGCACUUGUCGCAGCUCGAAGAGCUGGAGUUGACAGCCAUGUGGACGGAGGACGGAGGUGAUACCGUCUCCCGCUUCAUUUUACCCGUGGCACUGGAAGCAUUCGAAUUGAUGACGAAGAUGGUCUCCUUCACCCUCCAUACCCAGAUGUUCCGGGAUCUCACGACUCGGGAGUGGAUUUCUAUUCCACAGCAGUUGGGGCAAACAUGUCGAGCGCUCAAGGUGGUCGUGUUUGACGGAAAGUCGGGAGCCGAGUUGAGUGAGUUCGCUUCGGUGCGAUUUGAUCGCGAGAGAUAUGAUGAUCGGGAUGUCAACGGGGGAUGGAAGCAAGAGACUCGCCUUUUGGGCAAGUUGGAAGCACUCACCGCGUGGCCGAGGGUCCCUUUUUAACCCUGAGCUAGGGUAGUUCAGCUAUAGUAAUACAAGC